CCCACAACUGGAGUUUUGUAUAAAGAAGAUAACUAUGUCAUCAUGACAACUACACAUAAAGAAAAGUACAAAUGUAUACUUCCCCUUGUGACAAGUGGGGAUGAGGAAGAAGAAAAAGAUUAUAAAGGCCCUAAUCCAAGAGAGCUUUUGGAACCACUGUUUAAGCAAAGCAGCUGUUCUUACAGGAUUGAGUCUUACUGGACUUAUGAAGUAUGCCAUGGAAAACAUAUCCGGCAGUACCAUGAAGAGAAAGAAACUGGUCAGAAAAUAAAUAUUCAUGAGUACUACCUUGGGAAUAUGUUGGCUAAGAACCUUCUAUCUGAAAAAGGUUGGUCUUUACACAAUGAUUUGAUAGUAAUACUGGGAUUUGGUUUACUAUUUAUGUUCAAAUUGAGGGUGAAGAGAUUAAAAUGUCAUUGUUUUCCUUUCAGAGUAAGAAAUGCCUCUCCCAUCUCAGCCCCUCAUUUUCUAAUGAAGUGUGUCUACUGUCUUUCUAAGACUCCCACUAAGAACAUCGAAGGUCAGAGGACACCCUACUACCCUGUGGGGAUGGGCAGCGGCACGCCUUGUAGUCUGAGACAGAACCGGCCCAGAUCAAGUACAGUGAUGUACAUAUGCCACCCUGAAUCGAAGCAUGAGAUUCUCUCCGUGGCCGAAGUUACCACUUGUGAAUAUGAGGUGGUCAUUUUGACACCACUCUUGUGCAGUCAUCCUAAAUACAGGUUCAGAGCAUCUCCUGUGAAUGACAUAUUUUGCCAAUCACUGCCAGGAUCUCCAUUUAAACCUCUCACUCUGAGACAGCUGGAGCAGCAAGAAGAAAUACUACGGGUGCCUUUCAGAAGGAAUAAAGAGGAAGAUUUGCAGUCAACUAAAGAAGAAAGGUUUCCGGCCAUCCACAAACCUAUUGCUGUUGGGUCUCAGCCAGUGCUCACUGUUGGGACGACCCACAUUUCCAAACUGACAGACGACCAGCUCAUAAAAGAGUUCCUCAGUGGUUCCUACUGCUUUCAUGGGGGUGUUGGUUGGUGGAAAUACGAAUUCUGCUAUGGCAAACAUGUACAUCAGUACCAUGAGGACAAGGACAGUGGGAAGACUUCUGUGGUCGUGGGGACUUGGAACCAGGAGGAGCACAUUGAGUGGGCCAAGAAGAACCCUGCCAGAGCCUACCAGCUGCAGGCCGACGGCACGCAGACGGUCAGGGUGGUCUCACAUUUUUAUGGGAAUGGAGAUAUUUGUGACAUAACUGACAAACCGAGACAGGUGACUGUAAAACUAAAGUGUAAAGAGUCAGACUCUCCUCAUGCUGUCACUGUGUAUAUGCUAGAGCCUCACUCCUGUCAGUAUAUUCUUGGGGUGGAAUCUCCAGUGAUCUGUAAAAUCUUAGAUACAGCAGAUGAAAAUGGACUUCUUUCUCUCCCCAACUGAAGGAUAUUAAAGUUGAAGGGAAAAAAAGAUGAUUGCAAGUCAUGAUUCUUUCUGACCCUGUGUCUUAUUAGAGUUCACCGCCUGGACCUCACUGAAGGACUGUAUAAAAGGAUUCUCAACCACUCUGAAUGUAUAUGUGUAUAUAAGAGGUUAUUGAUAAACUUCUAAGAUAGACAUUUACUUUUUUCUUUCUUUGUAUGUGUCAUAUAAACCGUGUUCUGUCUUUGCUUGGAUAAUGUGAUUUCAAAAUAAAUCUCAUCCAAGCAAAUUAAUGGGUCUAGCCCCUCUGAAUGUUGUCGUUGUACUGAGUGAAAGAUUUUUAAAUUUAUGUAAAUUAUAGUGUAUAUAACUAGCUAAUGAAGUAAAGAUAACCAAGAAAUUGGUGUUAAUUUAAAUGAGAGACCGUGUAAAGUGUGUAAAUUCUAAUGCCUAAAAUCCUUUCAGCAAAUUUUUAUAUAACAGCUGCUGUCUGCCAGGCAUUAAACUAGAAAAUGGCACAAGG